GAAAUCAAUCUGCUGCAAUCUUAUCGUUCUGUUACGAUGACCUCGAAGGAAGUUUGGCGCCCCAAGGUCCUGGUGACCAACAAGGAAACCCCGGAAAAGGGCGUCAACAUCCUGCGUCAGAAAUGUGACGUGAUCUUCCCGGAGAACGUUCCGGCGACGCGGGACGAAAUCAUGAAGUUGGUUCCGGGCGUUGACGGGAUCAUGUGGGUGGGUCAUUACGCGUUGAACGGAGAGGUGCUGGACGCGGGGGCGCCCACCCUGAAGGCCAUCUCGACCAUGUCGGCGGGGAUGGACUACGUGGACGUGGCCGAGUUUAAGCGGCGCAACUUCCCCCUCGGGUACACUCCGACGGUGCUGAACGAGGCCGUUGCGGAUGAGGCGGUUGGGCUGAUGAUUGCCGCUGGUAGAAGGUUCCACGAGGGCCUGUUGAAGAUCGAGAACGGCAAAUGGCAGGGUGGACCGCAGUGGAUGCUGGGACGGGACAUUAAGGGAAGCACCGUCGGGUUUAUCGGAUUCGGAGGGAUUGGACAGGCGAUCGCCAGGAGACUGAAAGGAUUCGACGUGGGACAGUUCAUCUACAGCGGACGCAACCCCAAGCCGGAAGCGGCGGACCUCGGUGCCAAGUUUGUGCCCCAAUCGGCCCUCCUCAAGGAAAGUGACUACGUGUUCAUUGCGGUUCCGCUGACGAACGCCACCCGCCAUCUGAUCAACGCGGCCACGCUGAGGCAGAUGAAACCGACGGCGGUGCUGGUGAACGUUGCGCGAGGGGAAAUCAUCGACCAGGACGCGCUGGUGGCGGCGUUGAAGGACGGAACCAUCUUUGCGGCCGGGUUGGACGUGAUGACGCCGGAACCGUUGCCGGUGGACAGCGAGCUGCUUAAGCUGCCGAAUGCGGUUAUCGUUCCUCAUCUGGGCUCGGCCACGAUCAGAACCCGUGACGACAUGUCGGUGGUUGCGGCGCACAACGUGCUGGCCGGAAUUGAGGGAUCUCCCAUGCUGUCGCCGUAUCCUUGAAACCUCACAAUAGUUUGAUGGUUGGUCUUGAGUUGGCGAAGUGCUUCUUUACUAGUGAUUUCAUUUUUCUACGCAAUGUUAACACGAUGGACGUAAAAUUUCAGGAAUUUGGACUAAUAAAUUUACAUUUACAAA